AUGAAAACGUCGACAAUCAACUACAGUGAGGCCCUUGCCAUUGCCCAGGCCCAUCUCAAGCAGGCGGAUGCAGCCCUGUACGAGGUCAAUCAGUCGCUUCACGCGACUCCCGAAUUAGCCUAUCAUGAAUACAAGGCGCACGACAACCUAUGUGAUUUCCUUCAAGCCCAAGGCUUCUCUGUCACUCGCAAGGCAUAUGGCUUAGAAACUAGCUUCGAAGCCAGUCACGGCAGUAAUGGCGGCCGCGAGGUUGUCAUUUGCGCCGAGUACGAUGCUUUGCCUGAGAUUGGCCAUGCCUGUGGCCACAAUCUCAUCGCCACUUCCUCCAUGGCGGCAUUCCUCGCGGCAUCGAGAAUUUUAUCUGCAUUGAAACUGCCUGGCCGAGUUCGCAUUCUGGGCACACCGGCAGAAGAAGGCGGCGGGGGAAAGAUUGCGCUUAUACGAGCUGGUGCUUUUAGCCAUGCUUCAGCAUCCAUCAUGUCGCAUCCCGUCCCCGCUCAUGGAGUUUCCGACAAUCCAGAGGUUUCUGGCUCCGCCGCUUUGAACCUCGUCGCCAGCAUCAAGUUUCGAGUCGAGUUUCGCGGCAAGUCUGCUCAUGCAGCUGGUGAGCCGUGGAACGGGGUCAACGCCCUGGACGCUGCCGUCGCGGCGUACAACAACGUCAGUCUGCUGCGCCAGCAAAUCCGCACCGAGCAGCGGGUGCAUGCCGUGAUUGAAGACGGAGGCACCGUUCCCAACGUCAUCCCAGACUACUCGCGUAUGAACUGGUACAUACGCAGUCCGACAAUCGAGCAGGGGCAGGAACUGCACAAGCGUGUUGAGGCAUGUAUCGAGGCUGGCGCCAGCGCGGCUGGUUGCACGUUCAAAUACAUCAGGGCCGACGAUUAUAAGAAUGUCGUCGGAAACCGCACAAUUUGCAAAACGUAUUCGAAAAUGAUGGCAAUUGUCGGUCACAAGGUGCUCGCAGAGCAAGAAAGGCCGCUCGUGGCCUCUACCGACAUGGGCAACGUGAGCCACGAAAUCCCAAGCAUGCACGGCGCAUUCGUGAUUCCUACAGCUCCCGACGCAGCGCUUCACAGUAAAAAGUUUGCGGCUGCAGCUGCUGAGAAGGACGCGCACAAGGCUGCGAUUGACUGCGGCCUGGGAAUGGCACUGCUCGCAGUCAAUAUCCUCUGCGAUGAUCAGCUGGCGGAGGAGAUGCAGAAUGACUUUGUCAACAAACGCGAGUAG